ACAGCAGCGUUUGCUCGCCGAUUAGGCAGUAUCAACAUGGCAGCUUUCUGAGUUUUGGAGGAGGGGACCUGGUGUAAAUAAACACAAAUUUCACAUUUUACACACAACGACAGCGUUCGCGUGUUUGUGUUUCAGGAGUGGUGUGGCCGUAGAGGCAACAUGUCGACGGACGGAAAUAAAAAACAGUUUUGGAAAAGAAACACAGCGAAGGUUCCCGGCAGCAUUCAGCAUGUGUAUGGCGCACAACACCCACCCUUUGACCCGCUCCUUCAUGCUAACCUGAUUAAAGCAGGCAACAAGCCUCCUCCAACCACGCCAGGCAAACCCAAGAAGGCUACCACCUUCCAGGAGUUUGAGAGCAUCACAAGUGACGCCUGGGAUGUUGGGGAUGAUGACGACGAGUUGCUGGCCAUGGCUGCACAGAACCUUAAUAUUGAGGUGGUCAUGGAGACAGCCAACAAGGUGAUCGAGAAUCACAGCAAGCAGCAGGAGAGACAGAGGCAGGAUGACACAACAGAGCUGGAGCAGAGAGAAGAGGACACGCAGGAGGAGGUGGCAGAGGACGAGGAGGAGGAUGGGGAAGAGGAGGAGGACAGGGUGGGGGAAGGAGACGUGACCAGCCCAGAGGUGUCGUUUCCCUCCCAGAGCAGCCCUUACACUGAUGGCCGCCUAGUGAAGUCCCACAGCGAAGCUCCAAUUGGGUCACCUAAAGAUGCGGCAGGUGAGCAUGCAGCCCUCCACAGACAACGGUCUCUGCCCCACCGGCCGCCCGUCAUCCCGCUCGUGGCUCGCAUGGCUGACCAGAACACAUCUGGCACUCCGGCCAUGACCGAGAGGGAAGCGUCCCGUCUGGAUAAGUUCAAACAGUUGUUGGCUGGGCCCAACACAGAUCUGGAGGAGCUACGGAAACUCAGCUGGUCUGGAAUCCCACGACAGGUCCGACCAAUCACGUGGAAGCUUCUUUCGGGUUACCUACCAGCUAAUGCGGAAAGGAGAGACAGCGUCUUACAGAGGAAGAGACAAGAAUAUUUUGGCUUCAUCCAGCAAUACUAUGACUCCCGCAAUGACGAACACCAUCAGGACACAUACAGACAGAUUCACAUUGACAUACCGAGAACUAAUCCUCUUAUUCCUCUCUUUCAACAAGCUUCUGUCCAAGAGAUUUUUGAGCGGAUCCUGUUUAUCUGGGCCAUCCGCCAUCCAGCCAGCGGCUACGUGCAAGGCAUCAACGACCUGGUCACGCCUUUCUUUGUCGUCUACGUCUUUGAGUACAUUGAGGAAGAAGUGGAAAACUUUGACGUGUCCAGUCUCAAGGAAGAGGCUCUGAGGAACAUUGAGGCUGACAGCUUCUGGUGCAUGAGCAAACUGCUGGACGGCAUCCAGGACAACUAUACAUUUGCCCAGCCAGGCAUCCAGAGGAAAGUCAAAGCCCUGGAGGAGCUGGUCAGCAGGAUUGAUGAGUCCGUGCACCGCCACAUGCAGCAGUACGAGGUGGAGUACCUGCAGUUUGCCUUCCGCUGGAUGAACAACCUCCUGAUGAGGGAGCUGCCACUACGCUGCACGAUCAGACUGUGGGACACCUACCAGGCUGAACCAGAGGGCUUCUCCCAUUUCCACCUCUACGUGUGUGCGGCCUUCCUGGUGAGGUGGAGGAAAGAAAUUCUAGAAGAGAGGGAUUUUCAGGGUUUGAUGAUCCUCCUGCAGAACCUUCCCACAAUGCACUGGGGCAACGAGGAAGUGAGCGUACUGCUAGCUGAAGCCUAUAGGUUGAAGUUUGCCUUUGCUGAUGCGCCCAACCACUACAAAAGAUGAUAAGCGUGGCUCUCUGCAGCCGCUGGCCUUCCUUCCUCCUGCUCUCAAUCCUCCUUUCCUGCCCUGCAGUCGUCUACUGGACUUUAGAGGCCUCUACUCCUACACAGAAGGACCUCCCCCUUUUCUUAACCUCCCUUUCCCAUAUCGCCCAAUGGGCCUUUCAGCUACUAAGAGAUUUGAAUCAACCAAUGACUAAGAGGACGUGCGGUGUAGCAUUCUAACAUGUUGUUGUGGAGCCUUUUUUUAAAUUAUUUUUCUCUGAUCAGCUCUGAAAUGUGCACUCCUUCAGUCCAGUGCAGAAAACCUCUUCAUCGUCGAAGACCACAACUUUUGUUCGGUCUGAGUUCAGUCUGCUCAAGCUGACGCCUCAAAGUACAACCUCAGGCCUGACGCAGGACCUUGAGCUGUUGCUCAGCACCGCCGGGGGGCUUAGUCUGGCUUAGAAAAAUGUUCUUUUCUGCUAAUUGUUAUUUCCAAUACCAUGGCAAUACAUUACUUUUUGUUCCCGGAGGCAAAAAUGUGACCUUUUUUUUCCGUUGGCAAGAAAGAUGGCAAAAGGGCACGGCACUGGAUGGUUUACAUAUCUGAGCCCUCUCUCUUGGUCACAAAACAACCUGAAGGAACAUGACAUGUUCCUGUUUUCCUCUUCUCCCCUGCUUCGUGCCAGAAGGGAUACAGUUUGUUUCGCUUCAAACACACUAGGACUUUACAGAGAGAGAGAUUGUCAGUCUGCGAGUGGAAGAAUGUCUCCCCUCACAGACUGACAACCCCCCCCAGCCCCCCCCAGCCCGUCCUUCCACCCGCACUGCAGGAUCACAGUGUUUUGAGUGCCAGACAAGCAGUGGUAAGAGGCUGCAGUUCAGGAGUUACACUGACAUCACAGAAGGUAGUGAGCCAUUAGGAGUAAGAAAAUUUGUUUUCCAUAGACCUGCUUAUAUAUGAAGGGACAUGUCUUAUCUAAUAACUCCUCCUCCUCUAUGAACCCAGGACUACCUCAGAACACACAUUUAAAACACAAGUGGUACAACUAGAAAUCUAGGCUACUAGAAAGGCAUGCAAAGAUUAACACAAAUCAGUGGGGUCAAAAUAAAGUAUUUGCAGUCCAAUUGAAAAAUUGAAUCAUCUUCAUGGAUGCUAAAUUCGGUAUUUGAAGAAAAAAUGUGCUGCUUUGUGUUUUUUUUUUUUUUUGGUCGAAGUAAAGAUCCAAAUGAACAAUUUUGCCUUAAUUAAGACACAUAGUUUCUGUCUUUGUAUUCUCUCACCCCUUUCUCUCCUUCUGUCAUUUGGGCCUUAUUUUCAUGCGUGCACAUGCAACUUUCCACAAAUGAAAAGUGUGACCUGAUUGUUCCGACGAGAACACCAGUAAGGCAGUCUGUAAUGAGCUCAACAUUAUUGAGUGAUUCUUAUUAAUAUGUCAUCCAGCAAGGCCUUUUUUAUUUGCCAGUUAAUUUGAAUGCCUAUAAACAUAUGAAAGCAGCUGGUGCAUGGGUGUUUUAGCAGCUUCUAUCUUAAAGGAAGUUUUGCACCUUUUUAAAAAUUAAUUACACAUGUUUGAUCCACAUUGGUUCUCUUAAUUGAAUCAUGUGUAACCAAGCACCGGAUAAAAUAACUUCUAUGCUAGUGUGCACUUAAAAGUAGUCAGUACCUAACUUCUAACUUUGUAUUCUGCACAGAUUGCAGAGAUAUUAGAGACUGUGACAUCCUGGAGAUGUAUUAGACACUUACAAUACAAAAGCGCUCGCUCGUCACUCAGCUUCAGGAUCCGUCAGUCUCCAUAUCCUCUAUGAUGUCAUAAAAAAACAGUAGGUAACCAGGGCGUAGCGUUUUUUUCCAACAGGGACAGACCCUUUGGUGUAAAUAAAAACAUGAUGGAGUAGGAACAGAAUCAUCUUUCCCCGACUGGGAGAAGCUGGCCUGAACUCGGCUCUAAUGUGACAGGUCGGCUUGACAGAUGACAAUUAUUAAACUCACCCCUUAAUGUAAAAUACUUCAGCAUAUAGCGAGCUACACAUAAAUGAACAAAAACAGACCAUGUAUUUCGAUUAAAUAACAAGAACCUUAUUCAUUUUGUGUACAUGACCUGCCGAUUCUCCAUCUUCGUUGCAUACAUUGCUCUGUUCAUAUAGAGCACGUGGGAAGUCUUACCCAAAGUCAGUAGCACCAUAUUGGUGUUAAGUUGGGAUAGGGGGAGGGGAGGUUGGGGGAUGGGGGGUAGGGAGAGUAAUCAGACAUUCAUGACAUAACACAAAGCUGUUAACGUUCAGAGCCUCCUGUCGCGACUCCGCCAGGAUCCAUUAUUGUCACCCCAGCCCGCAAAGUCGGUGUGCGUAGGUGUGUGAAGGGGAGAUGGAAGGAGAGAGGGACGGGGUUGUGUUUCUUUGGAAGUUUCAGCACUUUUUCUGUGAGAGAUGUCAGUCUUUGAUCACACGUUGGGAUUUUUUUUAUACAAUCUGCACCAGUUUCACAAGCCCCUCAUCUCCCAUGCUCUCUGACAAGGAAAAACUGCACUUAAUUUAAAAGUCUAUAGCCUUUUUUUCCUCUCUCUCUUUUUUUUUGUAUGAGAUAUAUUCUUUCAAUCAGCAUUUUAAAGAUUUGUCUUUUUCUCUUUUUUUUGGUUUUAUUUUUUUAUGCUGUUUACAUGACAAGCCUAUUAAGUUGUGCCUGACUCUGGAGACACGAGACAUCCUUGUUAUGUUUUUGACCUCAAAUGAACAUUUUAGAUUUCUGCAAGCAAUAGUAUGAUAUUUUGAAUUUGCUGUGAAAUGACAGAAAAUAUCUGUGCACAUCUAGUUUUUGGGUGUGUUAGCCACCAACACAAAUUGUUUAAUAAAACUCUGGGCAUUUAAUAGUUCAAACUUGGCAAUUGAUCAUUCGCUAAUCCCCUUCUCCAAACAGGGAUUGCCCGGUCAAGGCUUAGCAACCGUCACUAGGCACAGCAGGCCUGUCAAGGAUUUCUCUACAUGUUGAAGCAGUGUGCACGGGGAUGUAGUAAAAGACAUACUCAGCAUCUGAAGUGUUUAGAGUGUGGUGUCCAUUUUGUAGCCUCUCCAAAACCAAAAGCACAGGACGUAAGGUGUUAAACAUUAAAACGUGACGAUAGCUGCAUUAGUUAGUUGUUAUGUCCGGCGAACUAGCUUACUACCUACUGCACAAUACUAGUAGUAGGGUGGUCACAGAUUACUGCUCAGUAUUUCUCCAUUUAGUGGAAGCAGGUCCUGGAUGAUAUCGGAGUUAAUGCUAGCAGCCCUGUCCAGCUGUUAAACGGAUUUGGGGAUGUUUAAACUCAACACCAAAAAACCAUUACCUGAGAUAUUGUUUGUCAAACUCAGUUGUUGAAACUUCUUUUCUCUUUUAACGUUGUAAGUUAAAAACUUUUUGCCUGGGACAUGCUGCUUUAGCCUCUUUUAGCACAAGCUCUUAAAGCACAGUCUCAUGUCUGUUGCCAUUUAAAAUAAUUGUAUAUUUAAAGGCCCAGUGUGUAGGAUUUAGUGGCCUCUAGUGGUCUAGUUGCAGAUUGCAACUCACUUAUUUCACCCUCCCUUUCCAACAGUGAGGGUCAAACUACGGUAGCUGCCUAAUACACAAACAGCUUGCCCUAUCUAGAGCUAGGUUUUAGUUUUUCUGUUCUGGGCUACAGUAGAAACAUGGCAGUUCAACAUUAACAGUUGUCAUUACAGACAGCAAAUUCGACGGUUGACAUCUAGAAGUGAGAAGCUGCUUUUGUUUACCUCUGCUUUAAAUCAAAGGACCCAUUGUUUGAAAUUGUAUUAAGAAUUUUAAGUGACAAAUCUGCCACCGUUAUAAUUGUAAACUGCACAUCUGCUGAGAAUGGAAAGCUUGACAGGCGUAGCAACAGUAACUAAGGAGAAUGGGGAUUUGCGAACAGUCAAUUAUUGUCCCAUUUAUUAUCCCAAGUUCUACUUUUCAAGAAGUUAUGUUGCCUUAUUGCACACAUUCAUAUUGAACACUGGGGGGAGGGGGAUGUAGUGACGCCACUAGUGGUGACCACGGAUGCCCGGGGAAACAAAUAAUGUUGGAGGUUGACAGCUACUGUAUUCUGUGUGUUUGUGUGUGUGUUUGAAAGAGAGUGUGUGAAAGUCAUAGGUAAACAGCAUAGCCCCCCCCCUUUUUUUUUUUUUCAAAUCAUUCGAAGAGCUUCUCUGUUUUUGCUGUAAUGUCAUAUGCAGUAAUUUCCCUUUAACAGGAGGUAGCUGCAUACUCAGCUGUGUGUUAAAAGACAUGAUUUAAUAAAAAAAAGCACACAUGCUACCAAUGUCAAGUAAGUCUGCCUGUAACCCGCUGUCUCUCAGCACACACACACACACACACAUAAACACACGUCUCCAUGGUGAUGAAGGCCGAGGUGGUAUCUGGCUGGAGCCCUUUUUCUAUUAGCCAGCACACACACACACAUACACACACACACACACACAGGCAGACUUCAGACAUUAUUUGGGGCAUCUUCAGGAGGGUAUCCUUAAGUAACAUUUUUAGCUGCUUUCAUUUCUAUUAAAGUUUUUUUUUUUUUGCUCUACUAAAAACUCCAGACAUGAAAAUAUCUUUAUAAAAACCAAAAAAAAAAAAAAAAUCCUCCCAUGUCUUUUGCCUCUUGAGAAAAAUCUAAUAAUACUAGACCGUGUGGGUGACAGGAAUAGUGGUUCUUGAAUUUAAAAAUGUGUACAGAGAAGAUUUUGAAACAGAAAUCUGUAAAUAGAAAGUGUAAAUAAAUCCUAUAUAUGACAAAA